AUGUCGGCGCAAACUCGUCUUCGGUGUUAAUUUGCAGUCCAUCUCACGAUUCUAGGUCUUCUUUUCACAAGCCAGAACUCUCAGCGAGAUAGCCGAAGAUAUUGGCGCCUGUGCAUCACCGCAUAUCAUAAAAUCCAGCAAAACUUGCGACUUCAGUGUCGAAAGACGCCCCGCAAAGGUCGAUCCAGAAAAUUUGGACCCUCCAAAAGUUUUACAGAGCCGCGGGGUCACAAACAUCAUCAGCCUUGCCGCAGGGGUCCUCAGAUCCGUCAAGGGGGCCAGGGCUAUAUCACACCACUGAUCGAGUGAACAAGAUUCGCAGAAGAAGAAAAACACAAUCUAGCCAGACGAAAAUCAAUCAUGGCGCCAAAGCUUUCGGAAGAAGAGAUCGACGACCUCAUCUACCUCGCGCGCGCGGGUGAGGAUGCUGGUCUGUCAGAAAUGCUCGGCGAGAUUGCCCAGAGAGAAGGCAGCACACCAGCCGAGGUGCUGAGUUCUGCAAAGGAUGAGACCAAAGCGACGUGUCUGCACAUGGCGGCUGCCAAUGGACAUUCUAAAACCGUCACUCUGAUACUCUCACACCUCCCCAUCACACAGCCAAAGAAGAGAGGCGCCUCCUCGCCCACAUCACAAGAAGAGACAGCCACAUCAUCCUCUACACAAAACGAUUCCUCAUCACAGCCCGCAACAUCAACUCCCGAGGCCCCCUACAUCGACGCACAAAACACCUAUGGCAACGCCGCCCUCCACUGGGCCUGCCUGGGCGGCCAUCUGGACGUGGUCAAGCUCCUGCUGUCUCGCGGGGCAAGCCCCACCGUCGCCAACGACAAGGACCAGAUCCCGCUCGACCUGGCCGCGUUCAACAGCCACAUGCAUGUCGUGGACUACUUCCUCUCCCAGAGCCGGGAUCUCGAGGGGGACAAUGCACAGGCCGGCGGGCUUGAGGGUGGGGUCAAGGACGUGGAGAUGAGCGUUGAGGAGGAGGUGGAGGAGGUUGCGGAUGAGAAUGCUGCUGGGCCGUCCAAGACGUCGGCGUGAUGAAAGGGUGGUUCCAAAUCGAAGGGCUUAGGAAUUUGGAAAGGGUUUGGGGGUGCAAUUUGAGUCGAAGGCAGAACUCAAGUGGUUCCCGCGGGGUAUCGAUUGCCGUUUGAUUUACUUAGAAGCAAUAGAAAGCAUCAAAACAAUGUCGAGACGCACUGAGUC